AUGCUAUCGACAACGGGAUUUCAAGAGGAAAAUGAUUGUGGCAUAAACUAUUUCUGGAGACGCUUGUCACAGAUAUCGCCGCUGAACUGGACAGGGUGGAUGGUUAUUUCCCAAACUGUUCAACCCUAUGUAUACUGCAUUCAUUUGUUGGAAACGCUGCUUAGUAUCUUCGAGAACAGCGCAAGAGGAAUGCUGGUCCAAGAUCUAAUGCCAUAUACUUUAAGUUUUUGGCCUUUUUUCUUCGGUCAUUGCCUUCUCUCACUGUUUUUACUCUCAUGCCAGGGAGAACUCCAGAGGUCAUGCUCACAGAGUGUGGCGGAGAAAGUUAGCGAACAGUGCCAGCUGGCAUGCCACUGUAGAAGAUACCCUCCCCUGCCUCCUCCACCACCUCCGCCGCCUCCCCCUCGGCUACUGGGCCCCGUAGUGGAAGAUCCCAUAGUGCCGUUGAGGCCCUGGUGGAUGGAGAUGGACAUUGUAGUGCUUGGAACGGUGGGCUGUGCCUCAGUUGUCUUCCUUCUCUCGGCCAUCAUCAUCUGCUACAAGGCCAUCAAGAGGAAACCACUACGAAAAGAAGAGAACGGGACAAGUCGCGGGGAAUAUGCCAUGAGUAUCCGUAACAAGAAGGCUAUGGGUACGAACAACACUGUGGUAUAGACUGACUCUCUGUAGAUGAAGGAAGUGACAUCACCAUUACUGUCUCUCACCUUACCCCAAAUACAACAAUCCCUUCUCACCCAGAAUGCAACAGGGUUUUUACAUGACGUUUAAAUAAACCUUCCCUCUUUGCUUGGCAUGUUGCCCGGACUGAAGACACCAUUCAGUUCAAGAAAAACUGUAAAAGAUGGAAGGAAAAAAAAUCAAGGCAGAAAGAACAGAGAGAAAAAUCCACAAACCCCCAUGGUGUCGAAAGUGGCACAGCAGGCUGAACAUUAUGCUCUUAGUAACAGCAAGUGUUGCUGACAGGCUGGUUGGCUGCUGGCUGGAGAGGGACUGUCUGCCAGUCUGCCGCAGAUCCAGACCUCACACACUGUUGACAUCUGCAAUGGAACAACAGACAAUACAGCAGCCCUGCAGUCCCAUGGGCGGCCAGACAAGACAGCCCAUCACACACAAUAAAUAACGUGCAUGCAGUUUUUACAGAGAAUGCAACAUUUUUAUAUUCCAAUCCACACACAUUCCAUCUUUUGUUCUCCAUUUUUGAGACAGAUGCUUUGUGAGAGGCAUUAUGUUACUGUCGGUCCUGGCUCUGAGAUGUGGAUUCAUCUGACUAUGCAAUUUAAAGAAAUCCAUAUUUUAAAAAGAGAGGAGCAACGACAUCAACAUGGGACGUUCUGGUUAUUUUACCAUGCCAAAAAUGCCAAUGAAGACAGAGGCUCAAUGUAUUAUACUUCAGUCAUUCAUCGAUUUAUUUCCUCUAUUUAUUUACUUACCUUUGAAUUUAUUUUUCUACUUAAAAAGAAAAAAACUGUCUUGUAAGUUACUCACAUCUUUACAAAUCUUGAACAUCUUGAUGAAUUCAUUUUAUUUCUUGAUGGCUCUGUUUUUUUAAGUGAAUAAUUUAUAAACCAUAUAAUUCAUUUGUGAUGCUCCAAUGCUUUAAGCCUGCUGUCAGUUUGUUGAGACACUGAUGCAGAAAACACGCUUGCUCUGCAAAGAGUUUUGGUAUCAGUUGUUUUUGUCUCUGGGUGUUUGAAAUGCUCUUCUCUGUUUCCCGGAGACUUCAGCUAAAAAGUCAGGGGGUCUUUAUGAUGUGCUACGUGAAUGUGUGUUUUCAAAACAUUAUUUCUGUGCUGCAUCAUAUGCCAGCCCACAUUUUGGAUUUGUUAACUCAACGCAAUACCCAAAAAAAGUUACAUCUGCUACCACAUGUUAUUUGGUUAAAUGUUUCAGAGUCUUGGGGUCAGCUAGAUGCCUUCAGCCGUGUAUUGUUUGGAUUUGACAAUCUUCGUUUUUCUAUCUGUCAAGAAGGGCUUAGCCCAUCGCUAUAGAAACAGGGGACAUGAGCCCAGGGCUGACCUUGUGACUGGUGAGAGACAGGAGACUUAGCCAAUAGCCAGAGAUCAGGUUGCACAGAGGAUGGCCUCAGCAGGGAUGUGUGUGACUCAAUGCUGUCACAGGCAUCCUCCACAUCCCCGCUGGAAAAACACAACUGAGCUGAACUGGAGCAUCACUUAACGCUGCUCUGCUUUUUCUUCUUCUUUUUUGAACAUUAAAUCUGCGUGUGUCUGUGCGUGCGUGCAUGCAUGUGUGUGCGUGCGUGAGUGUGCUAGUCUGUCUGUGAGUGUGCAUGCUGAUGAGUGUACUGAGUGUAGUGAGUGUGGGCUGUACUCUGGCUGUCAGUUAAGUAUAGAUAUUGGCUGUGGAAAUUUGGAAAAACACAUGCUUGCAUCUGAACAUGCAGACGUUAUUAGCUAACACUAUAUCCCACCAUGUACCUAUAUGAGAGAAAUGAUGGAUGCAUGAAUGUAAAUAUUGAUAUUUAAAUAUCUGCCUUCUGGACUGUUAAUUAAUGUAUAUUGUAACAGAACAUAUGUUUAUACAUAGUAAAACUUAAAAAAUGUGCUACCAUUUAGAAUUAUGUCAAUGUUGUCAUGUUGAUGGAGCAAGCCAUUAAUGUAUAUAUGGCAAUCAAUAGUACAUACGCAAUUUAUGCAUUAUA